ACAACCCCGCAUCACUCCUUAAAUUAUUGUUAGCUUCGCCUUUACAACGUGCUUUCUCUUGAGCUUAAAUACUUCUCCAAUUUUAACUUAAUUUAACAGUGUCAUUCAAUUUAAGUAAUUUACCAACAUGGCUUUACCUGUACCUCGUGCCCCCGGCUUCACUUCAAUGUUAAAGGAAGGUGCCGGACAAUUAUCUGGAGUAGAAGAGGCCGUAAUUCGAAGCAUUGAAGCUUGUAAUGAAUUUUCACGUACUUUGAAAACCUCUUAUGGUCCGAGAGGACUCAAUAAAAUGGUAAUCAAUCAUUUAGAGAAACUUUAUGUCACCAAUGAUGCAGCUACUAUUGUUCAACAAUUGGAUGUUCAACAUCCGGCUGCCAAAAUUCUUGUUAUGGCUUCACAAAUGAUUGAAAAAGAGGUUGGUGAUUCCACUAAUUAUGUCAUCAUGUUAGCAGGAGCCUUGUUGGAAAAGGCUGAAGAACUUAUUCGUAUGGGACUUAAGCCUAUCGAGAUUGUUGAAGGUUAUGAAAUGGCUCGUGAUGCUGUCAUCAACGAGAUACUCCCUAAUCUCGUCGUUGAUACUGUAAAAGAUUUUCAUAAUCUGGAAGAGGUCAAAAGAGGAAUUAGAACUUCAAUUGCCAGUAAACAGUUUGGCUAUGAAGAUUUCUUAGCGGAUUUGAUUGGUAGAGCAUGUAUUCUCGUCAUGCCUAAGUCAGAAAAUGCUUCAUUUAAUGUUGACAAUGUUCGAGUUUGUAAAAUAUUAGGCUCUGGGGUGACUAAAUCUGAAUUGGUUCAAGGAAUGAUUUUCAAAAAAAGUGUUGAAGGCUCUGUUACGUCAGCAACCGAUGCUAAAGUUGUUGUUUAUACAUGCCCUGUCGAUGUACCGACCACUGAAACAAAAGGAACAGUCCUCAUUCAAACAGCACAAGAAUUGACCAAUUUUAGUCGAGGAGAAGAAGUUCUAUUUGAAAAACAAAUUCAGGAUAUCGCUGAGUCUGGUGCUAAGGUUAUUGUUUCAGGGGGUAAAUUUGGUGAUAUGGCACUGCAUUAUUGUAAUAAAUACGGACUGAUGGCCGUUCGUCUUCAAUCUAAAUUUGAUGUAAGACGUUUGUGUAAGACUGUUGGUGCUGUUGCUUUGCCAAAACUUCAGGCUCCCAAAAAAGAGGAGCUUGGCUUUUGUGACAAUGUUUAUAUAGAUGAAAUCGGUGGUACUUCUGUAGUUGUUUUCAAACAAAGUUCGGCAGAAUCCAAAAUUUCAACAAUUGUUGUGAGAGGAUCAUCUGAUAAUGUUAUGGAUGAUAUCGAAAGAGCCAUUGAUGAUGGAGUCAAUACAUUCAAAGCCCUUACCAAAGAUGGAAGAUUAGUAGCAGGAGCUGGAGCUUCUGAUAUCGAAAUGGUUGUCAAGAUUGCCUCUUUAGCAGAAACUCUUCCCGGUUUAGAGCAAUAUGCUGUUGGUAAAUUUGCUGAAGCUCUACAAAGUAUCCCUGUUGCUAUCGCUGAAAAUGCGGGCAUUGAUCAAGAAGUCGUCACUAAACUAUUCGCGGCACAUCAAGCUGGAGAUACUUCGGCAGGAAUCGACAUAAAUUCAGAUCUUCCUACCACUUUAGAUGCCGUGAAAUCUAAAAUAUUUGAUCUCUACUUAGCUAAGUAUUGGGCAAUUAAAUAUGCUGUCAAUGCUGCUAAUACAGUCUUACAGGUUGACCAUAUUAUUUGGGCUAAGCCUGCUGGAGGACCCAAACCAAGGCAAGGUGGUGGUGACUGGGAUCAAGAUUGAGUACCUCGAUCAAGUUUUUAUAUUCUGAUUAUUUGUAUUCUCAGUCUACUAAUCGAUUCCGAAUGAAUCCAUAUGCGUUAAUAACAUAACUCAAUAAAUAUGUGGACUAACACAUUUAUAAUUUAA